AUGUCACCCGAUAUCAAACCUUUCUUACCCGCUCGACCUUCCGGACCGAUAUUCAUCGGGUUGAAUCUGUUGAGAUUGUUGAGUAUAGUAGCUUUGUUGUUAUGUCUCGCAGCGAACACUGUGACAAUGGCCGAUGACGUUAAAGCUAUCAAAGCUGCGUCUCACGUUCCUUCCUCAAACUCUACCAUGACCGCUACAUUAUCCGAUAUCGAUUGUGAUUAUAUCGAAUACUCUACUGUUCCCGAUCAAACAGGAGGAGCUUUCUGGUCAAUCUUGAAUAGAUUAUUCAUCAUAUUCGAAUGCCUUUUACUUACCUUCGCCGAGAUAGGAUUUCCUAAACGACUUUUCGAAGAAUUUAUUCCUAUACUAGGACCUGCUCACGGUGUCGGUUGUUUAGGUGUAUUCGAAGCUCUAAUCGGCGCUCAGGUGUUAUCACACUAUUGUGAUCUCUUCCCACAAGUUUCUAGCUGGCUUUUAUUCAUCAUUGGAUGUCUUAACAUGGUCGCUGGAAUCAUCUUUCGUUCUUCCGCUAAACAAAACCCUGGGGCGAGAUUCGGAGGGUUCGGAUUCGGGAAACAAGGAGAGAAACAAGCUGCCGAAAGAGGUUUCAAGAUUUCUCGUCCUCUUGAAAGUUUACCGAUGGAAGGCGUCGGUAUUUGA